AUGGUUGUUGAAUUCAAAACUCUCGAACGAGAAAGGAGAUUUCAAAAUCCACCUAAGGAUAAGAGUGCCUAUCCUCUUCUAGCUGAAGCAGUCUCUCCGCACUUAGGAUCUUUCAAUGCGUUAAUGGAAGGUCCUGAUGGUGGUCUUUUAAACUUGGCAGCCAAAGACAUUGGGACGAAGACAAUCUUUGAUUCGGAAGACUCUGAGAGAUUAGGCAAUAAGUUGAAAAUUUGGGUUGAUUCUGUUCAAUUAGCAAAACCAUCUGUUCCACCCAAUGACAAGUUAUCUGUAAACAGACGUACUUACCCUUCAGAAUGCAGAGAAAGAAUGAUUACUUAUAGAUCACGGCUUAUGCUUAAGGUAUGCUGGAGCGUCAAUGACGGAGAGGAAGUAUCUGAGAUAAGAGAAGCAGGACAGGUACCAAUCAUGUUGAAAUCAAAUAGAUGUCAUCUUGAGAAAUUAUCUCCGAAUGAGUUAGUAGAAAAAAAGGAAGAAUCCGAUGAGCUUGGGGGUUAUUUUAUAGUUAAUGGUAUCGAAAAGUUGAUAAGGAUGUUGAUUGUACAACGUCGUAAUCAUGCGAUGGCUAUCAUUAGGCCAUCAUUUGGAAAUAGAGGGGCUUCAUAUACGAAAUUCGGUAUUCAAAUAAGAUGUGUCAGGCCCGACCAGUCUUCUCAAACUAAUGUAUUACAUUAUUUGAGUGAUGGGAAUGUAACUUUCAGGUUUUCCUGGAGGAAAAAUGAAUACCUUGUCCCUGUCAUGAUGAUAUUGAAGGCUCUUAUGGAAACCAGCGAUCGUGAAAUCUUUGAUGGAAUUGUCGGUGCUGAUGUCUCAAAUUCUUUUUUGACUGAUCGUUUAGAAUUGCUCCUUAGGACCUACAAAAAAUAUAAUUUAUACUCAAGGAAAGAAACCUUAGCUUACUUAGGCGACAAAUUUAGGGUUGUUUUCGGGGCGACUCCUGAUGUAUCCGAUAUUGAAGUUGGUGAGGAAUUUUUGAGAAAGAUCGUUUUGGUUCAUUUAGGUAAGAAUUCGGACAAGUUUAGAAUGCUACUUUUUAUGAUUAGGAAGCUCUAUUCAUUGGUGGCUGGGGAUUGCGCUCCAGAUAACCCUGAUGCUACACAAUAUCAAGAAAUACUCUUGGGUGGCUUCCUAUAUGGCAUGAUUAUCAAAGAAAAGAUGGAAGAAUAUCUACAAAAUAUCAGAAUACAAAUUCAGACAGAUAUAAAUCGUGGUAUGGCUGUGAAUUUCAAUGAUAGAAAAUAUAUGUCAAGAGUUUUCAUGAGAAUCAACGAAAAUAUUGGUCAAAAGCUUCAAUACUUUUUAUCGACUGGUAAUUUGGUCUCUCAAUCUGGCCUUGAUUUACAGCAAGUGUCUGGUUAUACCGUGGUGGCUGAGAAAAUUAACUUUUACAGAUUUAUAUCUCAUUUCAGAAUGGUACAUAGAGGAUCUUUCUUUGCAGAAUUGAAAACGACGACUGUCAGGAAGCUAUUGCCAGAAUCAUGGGGAUUCUUGUGUCCCGUACAUACUCCUGAUGGAUCCCCUUGUGGAUUAUUGAACCACUUGGCCCAUAAGUGCAAAAUUGCCACAGUAUCUGCAGAUGUAUCCAAGGUUCCCUCUCUAUUAGCAAAAUUAGGAGUUUCUCCCCCUCAUUCUUUCGCUGCGGGCCCUAACGUAUGUUGCGUUCAAUUAGAUGGAAACGUUGUUGGGUGGACCACGCACGAAAGAGGCAAAAUCAUCGCAGAUACCAUGAGGUAUUGGAAAGUCGAAGGUAAUCAUGGUUUACCGUUGGAUUUAGAAAUUGGAUACGUUCCUCCUUCAAACAAGGGACAAUACCCAGGAUUGUAUUUGUUUGGCGGUCAUUCCAGGAUGAUGCGUCCCGUAAAAUAUUUACCGCUGGGGAAAACUGAUAUUGUUGGGCCCUUUGAACAGGUGUACAUGAAUGUUGCAGUUACUCCCUCAGAGAUUGAAGAAUUUCACACUCAUGUCGAAUUUUAUCCAACAAACAUGUUAUCUAUAUUAGCAAAUUUGACUCCAUUUUCUGAUUUUAAUCAGUCACCUCGUAACAUGUACCAGUGUCAAAUGGGUAAGCAAACAAUGGGAACGCCUGGUGUUGCCUUGUGUCAUCGUUCUGAUAAUAAAUUGUAUCGCUUGCAGACGGGCCAAACUCCAAUAGUUAAAGCAUCCUUAUACGAUGAUUAUGGUAUGGAUAAUUUUCCAAAUGGAAUGAAUGCGGUGGUUGCAGUUAUAUCAUAUACAGGUUAUGAUAUGGAUGAUGCUAUGAUUAUAAAUAAAUCUGCUGAUGAGCGUGGGUUUGGCUAUGGUACCGUUUACAAGGUAGAGAAGGUCGAUUUAUCUCAAUCAAGACGUAGAGGAGACCCAAUAACGCAACACUUUGGUUUUGGUCAAGAUGAAUGGCCAGAAACAUGGCGAGAGAAACUUGAUACAGACGGGUUUCCACUAAUCGGUGUGAGAAUGGAAGAGGGUGACCCGAUUGUGGCAUACUUUGAUGAUACUUUAGGGAAGACUAAAGUAAAAACCUAUCAUUCAAGUGAACCAGCAUAUAUUGAUGAAGUUAAACUUCUUGGUGACGACAGUGGCGACGGGGAAGGACAACAAAUCACAAUAAAAUACAGAAUCGCCAGAAAACCCCUAAUUGGUGAUAAGUUUUCUUCAAGACAUGGACAAAAAGGAGUUUGUUCAAGAAAAUGGCCCCAAAUUGACAUGCCAUUCUCUGAAAGUGGAAUCCAGCCUGAUGUUAUCAUUAACCCCCAUGCUUUCCCCUCGCGGAUGACGAUAGGUAUGUUUGUUGAAUCAUUGGCUGGCAAGGCAGGUGCUUUACACGGAAUAGCUCAAGAUUCUACUCCAUGGAUAUUUAGCGAAAAUGACACACCUGCGGAUUUCUUUGGAGAUCAACUUAGAAAGGCUGGUUAUAAUUAUCAUGGUAACGAACCCAUGUAUUCUGGAGUUACUGGAGAAGAAUUGAGAGCCGAUAUAUACAUUGGAUGUGUUUAUUAUCAGAGAUUGCGCCAUAUGGUUAACGACAAGUUUCAAGUGAGAUCUACCGGGCCUGUAAACUCACUAACUAUGCAACCUGUAAAAGGUCGUAAGAGAUCUGGUGGAAUUCGUGUAGGUGAGAUGGAAAGAGAUGCUUUGAUUGGGCAUGGAACAGCUUUCCUUUUGCAAGACAGACUUCUAAAUUGUUCAGAUUAUACUCAAACAUCAAUAUGCCGUUCUUGUGGAUCACUUUUGAAUACGCAAACCUCCGUUCCAAGAAUUGGUACGGCAGCUACCACUAGAUGUCGGAGAUGCUCUACAAAACUUGAAUCUCAUAGUAGGCAAGGAGAAUACGUAGAUGAAUCAGAGAUAUGGGAGGACGGACAAGGUAAGAAGUUUUGUGGUGGAAACAAUACUACAACGGUUGCAAUCCCCUUCGUUUUGAAGUAUUUGGAUUCUGAGUUUGCUGCCAUGGGUAUUAAGAUGAGGUACAAUGUUACCCCCGCAUAG